CGACUGACUAUUGGCUGCCGAAAGGAAAGAGUAAUGAAGACAUGAGGAGGAGGAUGAUGAGGAUUAGCCGGAGGGAGGCAUUGCGUCUUGGGUAGAAGCCUAUGUGGGUGAGUUUGCUUGCUAUUUUCCCCCCAUCCCCUAUGUUUAUUUCUUUUCUCAUCCUUUCUCUUUCUGAGGUGACACGGGCUUUGAGAGAGACACGAGGAAACGAUAUGCUCAUGAAAGUCGAUCAACUCGACACUGUCCGGCUUCUGGUUGUGUGUGUUUUUUCCCCCCUCGCCACUCUACCUAGUGUGAGUAAAGCGCAUCCAACAUGCGGCUAUGGUGGUCAUGCUUCUUACCCCAUUUCCCUAUUCGUUUCAAAAACUGCCUUUAUCCAACUUCUCUUCUCUACGCAGGCUAGAUACUGGCCUGUCUCUAACCUCUAUUUAUUUGUCCCGGGCACGUUUCUGGUGGGUACAUGCAUGCAUACAUACCCUAUACCACCUUUAGCUAUAAAGCAACGUAGCCUGUUUUUAGAUAGCAGCAGCAAUAUUAGCAUCAUCAUUGCUGGCACAGUUUGUAGUCUCGUUGUUUAUAGUGGUUGAUGUUCACCCCGCCCCAACCCAACCGUACCGUGCCUAGACGAGAUCUACCAGCGUGCCACAUUAUGGUAGUAGGAAGAUCCGUCAUCUGAGGCUGAAAAAAAACUAAACCGAAAAAAAAAACAGUC